GGUCGGCCUCCGGUCUCCCAGCUCUCGGCACUCCACUCAUCGAGUCUGGAACCGGCGGCAGCUCGGCGUUCGUUUAACCGGGCUGGAGGCGGUCCCACAAUCCACCGCUGCAACCAUGGCCGGAGUCCUUAAGAAGACCACUGGACUGGUGGGUCUUGCUGUGGCCCAGAAUCCUCUUGAGCAAUUGAAAAUUUUGUACACAAGAGUCCUCACAGUACUUGAGUCAAUCCCUCCAGAAGCAGCAUAUAGGAAGUACACUGAGCAGAUCAUCAAUGAAAGAUUUAACAUGAUCAAAACAGAGCAUAAUACUCAAAAAAUAGAAGACAAAAUCAACUGUGGCCAGAUAGAAGAAAUUAUUUCACAGGCUGAGAGUGAACUUUCUCUCGCAAAGAAAAUGGCCAAGUGGAAACCUUGGGAGCCAUUAAUAGAAGAAGCCCCUCACAACCAAUGGAAAUGGCCAAUUUAAACUCUGUAUUUUUUUUUGUUCUGUAAACUAUAGUAGUUAAUUUUGUGCUGUAUAAAUGUCAUUAAAAUGGUUCCCUACAAACAUCGA